GGCGCCCAUCCUAGGCUGAAGGCUGUUGAAUGAUCUCCCAUCGCACGCACCAGCUGUUGGCACUUUGCUCAGGUCAACGGGUAUCUCUGGUAGAGUCAAAGUCGAGUUAUCAUCGCUGUUAAUCCGUCACAAUGAAGGUCUUCUCCCUCAUCACCACCCUCGCCGCGGCGGGCGUCGCCCUAGUGUCCGCGCAGGGGACAAUCGACGACAACUCCGACUCUUUCCCCGAAGACCUCAACGGCUCCAACUUCACCUAUCCAUGGCCCGUCAAGUUAUACAAGUUCACCUCCCAGCUGCAGGAGCUGGAGAUGGCCUUCAUGGAUGUCAAGCCGAAGUGCGCUCCCAAUGGAAAGACGGCCGUACUCUUCCAUGGCAAGAACUUCUGCGGCCCGACGUGGGAGACCACCAUCCGCGUCCUCGCCCAGUCCGGCUACCGCAUCAUUGCCCCGGAUCAGAUCGGCUUCUGCAAGUCUACCAAGCCUGAGCGCUACCAGUUCUCUCUGCAGCAGUUCGCGACCAACACCAACGGUCUUCUGAAGACCCUUGGCAUCGAGAGCGUCACUGUCAUGGGUCACUCACUCGGUGGCAUGCUCACCACCCGCUACGGUCUGAUGUUCCCCGACGAGGUCGACGAGAUGGUCCUCGUCAACCCCGUCGGCCUCGAGGACUACAAGGCGCUCGGCGUUCCCUACCUCCCCAUCGACGACAACUACGUGACGGAGCGCGCCAGCUCAUACGCUUCCAUUAAGGGAUACGAGCAGGCGACCUACUACGUCGGGGAGUGGAAGGACGAGUACGACACCUGGGUCAACAUGCUGGUCAACAUCUACAAGGGUUCCAAGGCCGACACCUAUGAGUUCUCUCUCCUCAAGCCUCGCACUCUGCUCAUGAUCGGCGAGAAGGACAACACUGCCAUCGGGAAGCAAUGGUCUCCUCCUGAUGUCGCUGCAAAGCUGGGCAACUUUGCUGCUCUUGGUCCUGCUGUUGCUGCUCAGAUCCCAAACGCGACUCUUCACACCUUCCCUACGCUUGGUCACGCACCUCAGAUCUCCCAACCGGAGGAGUUUCACGACGCGCUUGUUUCCUGGUUGUCCAAAUAGAUAGCCAGUAACUGGGGCUCUUUAGACGGAGCUUGGCGAAAGGGGCGCUUGAUAAAUAUUCUGUAAUAUUGUAAUGCCUACGCCCGACUUCUUUGGUUCUUGGAAGCC